AUGGGCUUUAGUGUCCGAAAAGAUGAUGUAAAGUGCGUGGAAGACAUUGUCACGAUGAGGAGGUGGGUUUGCUCCAAUGAAGGGUUUAGGAGAGAAAUUUUUAUUGAUAUGCCUGAAAGACAAAGGAGACCUAGGGUUGUCACAAGAACUGGUUGCCAGAUGGCGUUUAGGGCAGGUCAAACCGUGUUGUCUCAGAUGCAAUGGUUGCCCAAAUUGGAGAGCAUGGAAACAUACGCUGAAGGGGCUCUUGGAUAUCUCGAUUGUGCAAUCAGAAAGGACCCGCAUCAGUUCGUGGAUUAUCAAUGUGAUGAAGAAAAUAGAUUGUCCAAUUUAUUCUGGGCAGACGAAUACUCUCGCCGAGAUUACACUGCUUUUGGGGAAGUACUUGCUUUUGAUACCACCUACAAAACUAACAAGUACAACAAGCCUCUUAUUAUACUACUUGGUGUUAACCAUCACUUUGGUAGUUGCGUAUUUGGACUAGGCCUCCUACUUGAUGAAAGUGUUCCAACAUACUGUUGGAUGUUGACAAAGUUCCUCAAGUGA